GAUGAUGCAGGCUGCUGUACUCAUAGCUUUGGCUGUGGUGCUGGAUGGGCAUUACCUGAACUUAUCAAUUCAGAAAGACAACAUUUGGUACAAGAGGCACUGGCAAGAAAAUCAGAAGAGUGCAUUUCCAUCGACUGAAAUAUCGUGGAAAACUCACGUACCGUCUGACAUUCAGAUUUCGUCAGAGGAUACAAGCCAAAGCAUGGCAUAUGGAGAUUCGAUGCUGGCGGAAAAAGACCAGAUUACCCGAAAUUUGAAGAGCAAGAAUAUGAGCUUACCUCGUGAUUCCGCCGCAUACAUUCAUCAAGCCAUAUUCAGGAGGUCUUCCCCACGUUCCAGCCAAUUAUCCAAGAAAGGCUACACGAUGGACCAAGCCACUUCUUUCCUCAAGAACAAACUCAAACUCAGCGACAUGAGUGUAACCUUUGACUUGUUUUGGUCCGGGACGUGUGACGAAACCUCGGCGAAACCUCUCUGUGAAUACACACCCUACAGGUCUUCUAACGGCACCUGCAACAAUCUUGAAAAUCCAGAUUGGGGAGCCACUUUCAGCCCCUUCCGCCGCUUAGCUCCGCCGAGCUAUGGUGACGGAGUGUCGAGCAUGCGCCUUGCCCAGGAUGAGUCGGCCCUGCCCAGUGCCCGCCUUGUCAGCUCCACGGCCAUGCACCCUAAACCGAACGACCAGCUUCAUUCCCUCUCAGUCCUUUUCAUGACCUAUGGGCAAUUUCUAGACCACGACCUGACUUUUGCCCCUGUCACUGGUGAGAAUGGGGAGGCGAUUCCGUGCUGUCCCGAGGCCCUGGGCGACACCACUGCCCACCCUGAGUGUGCACCAAUUCCCAUCCCUGCAGACGACCCUUUCUACUCCCAGUUCAACCAGACGUGCAUGGAGUUCAUCCGUUCAGCGUCUGCCCCGCGCUGCCAUUUCGGUCCUCGAGAGCAGAUGAACGAGAAGACGGCAUACAUCGACGGCUCUCAGAUCUAUGGCACAGAUGACGAGAUGAUGAACUCACUGAGAACGAUGGAGGAUGGUCUGCUGAUCGCCCAGCUGACCAAAGAGGGCAAAGAGCUUCUUCCUGCAAACACAGACCUAACAAACGCGUGCAACAGGGAGGAUAAAGCUGAUUUGGGCCAGUUCUGUUUCCGAGCUGGAGACAUGAGAGUGAACGAGCAAAUUUUGCUGACAUUGUUUCACACUGUGUGGGCACGUCAUCACAACAAUAUAGCAGCUGAGCUAAAGCAUCACAAUCCUAAUUGGAAUGAUGAAAAGCUGUUCCAGGAAGCUCGCAGGAUCGUAGGGGCUCAGCUCCAAGUGGUCACUUACAGAGAGUAUCUCCCUCCUAUCUUUGGUGGAUCCAUGUGGGAGUCUUACCUUUCUCUAAAUUACCAUUUUUAUGAUCCCUCGAUAAGUGCUGGCAUCAGUGCCGAGUUUGCAACUGCUGCAUUCCGUUUUGGACACAGUCAGGUUGCGAGUACUGUGGAGACCUUAGAUUUAAGCGGGGGUAAGUCGAGCACUGAACUGUCUUCCCUGUUCAUGAACCCAUUCGAUCUGUACAUCAAAGGAGAGAUACCAAAGUUAUUGCGAGGGGAAAUUAACCAGAAUGCUCCUCGUGUGGACACCUUCUUUACACAAGAAGUGGCCGGAAAGCUCUUCAGACGAGGGCAGCCCUUUGGACUGGAUCUGGUGUCCCUCAAUUUACAACGUGGGCGUGACCAUGGCAUUGCUCCUUAUACAACAGUCAGAUCCAUAUGUGGUUUUUCUGAAAUUAGUAGCUUUGAUAGCCUGAAGGGAAUAAUGGAUGAUGAAGUGAUUGAGAGUCUCAGGAGUUUAUACAAUAACGUGCAUGACAUUGACUUGUACAUCGGUGGUUUAGCAGAAAAGCCCUUAUACGAUGCACGAGUAGGUCCCACGUUUUCAUGCAUUUUGGCUGACCAGUUCUUAAGGUUAAAACUUGGCGACAGAUUCUGGUUCCAGAAUUAUGAAGCUGGCUUCACAGAUGAACAAGUGUAUGCGCUGUCCUUCACUACCUUGGCGAGCAUCUUGUGUGAAACCAUCCCAGAACUGCAGAGUAUCCAAGAACACCCUUUGAUCGCGCCCAGUUAUAUAAAUUAUGUGUGGCCGUGCUCUGGCUAUUACAAGCCCGAUUUGAGUGUGUUUAAGCAAUAGCUGUCGUAAAUCACAGCAAAAUUGCGUUAACUUCACCCAGAUCAUGAAACAAAUAAAAUGUUUCAAAAUUGUAAUUA